AUGUCCGAUGCCACAAAUUACAGGUGGAUGGAGGUUGUUUCGGACAUCGGCCUUAAUCGGGUACCUGUGGUUGAUGAGAAUUCAAUUUUUGGGAAUACUUCUCGUGAGCAAGAUGAACCUUCGACUCAGAUGAGGCAUGACCAAACACUCGCACUAUUGCCUAUGGAGGCCACCGAUGAUGACGUUAUUGAAAUUUCCGCAAAGGCUUUUGCCAAGGCAAUACCAAAUUUCAGAAGAAAUCGACGGAGGACCAUUGAUGAUGUUAUUGAUGUGUAUAUAGAGGAAGAAGAAGAGCAGCAUCCAAAGAAACCUCUCAUCAGUUGUCCUAUAUGCAUGGGCCCUUUUGUCGAAGAAAUGACCACAAAGUGUGGCCACAUUUUUUGCAAGACUUGUAUCAAGGAUGCAAUCAAGGCUCAAGCUAAAUGUCCUACCUGUAGAAAAAAGAUCACUUCUGUUAGACAGCUUAUAAGGGUGUAUCUCCCAACAACUGGUUGA